AUGCAACAUGACAAUGUUGUUCCAGACGAAUCUACCUUUUGUGUAAUACUCGAUGCUAGUGCUCAAUUAUUCUCUAUGAGUUUGGGAAAUUUAUUCCAUGCAUUUGCAGAGAAGACUGGAUUCAAGGGUCAUAAGAAAGUCCAGGAUGCCUUGAUCAGCAUGUACCUAAGGACUGGCGACAUUAAAGCUGCGGAAAAAAUGUUUUUUAGUAUGACGACUGAUGAUAUCAGAACCUGGGAUAUGAUGAUAUGUGGAUACUGCCUUCAUGGUUUUGGAAACGAGUCGUUGGCUUUGUUUCAAGAAAUGUUGGAAUCAGGGGAAUUAGAUCCUACUUAUGCAACUUUUGUUGCUGUUCUUAGUGCCUGUGGACAGUUGGGGCUUGUGGAAGAAGGGUUCUACUAUUUUUAUGAGUUAAUGAAACAGAAGGGGCAUCGAACCUGA